AUGGCCGCCCCCACAACUUAUAAUGAGCCAACUUAUACAGUGAUCUGUUUUCCCUUCUAGUGGCGUUAUUGCAAAUUUUUAUCAGACUUAUUGACAAUGACGAAGAAAGAGUACAUUGUUAUUGGUUUGGCAUUACUGCAGAUUUUGUCUUUCUCGGUAUUUCUGAAGGGAUUUUUUCCUCUGAAGCAAGGUCUAAAAGGUUUUGCCAGACUGGAGGACUCCCCAGCCGUGCCCGGAGAUACUGAUAAUUCAGUACCAAGUGGACACUACGACAGACUUAUCAUAGUUGUCAUUGAUGCACUGAGGGCGGACUUUGUUCUUGCUUCUCAAACGUAUAUGCCAUUCUUGAAGGAAAUGAUAAGAGAUGGCCAUGUGCUGCCAUUCACUGCAAAGGCCCACCCUCCAACAGUUACACUACCCCGAAUAAAGGCGCUAACAACUGGUGGCAUCCCAGGAUUUGUAGACGUUGUUCUAAACUUCGGUUCCAGUUCCCUGGAGGAGGACAACAUCAUCUCACAACUGAAGCGAGCAGAGAAGGAGCUUGUGUUUUUUGGUGAUGAUACGUGGAUGAAGCUGUUCCCAGAACACUUCUUCAGGACUGAUGGCACGACUUCCUUCUUUGUUACGGACUAUACUGAGGUGGACAUGAAUGUGACCCGCCACCUCCCCGAGGAGAUGAAGCUGGAUGACUGGGAUGUCAUGGUCCUCCAUUACCUCGGACUUGACCACAUCGGUCACCUCGAUGGCCCAAGGAGUCCCCUCAUCAGUCCCAAACUGUUUGAGAUGGACAACGUCCUGCAGAAGUUGUAUCAAGCAAUGAGGCAGUGGUUGGACGAGAGGGACUUGACAAGUCUGAUGAUGGUGUGUGGAGAUCAUGGCAUGAGUGAUCAAGGCGGCCAUGGUGGGGCAUCACCAGGGGAGACAACUGUUCCUGUCAUCUUCUUAAGUCCCAGUCUUCAUGACACUGUACCAGCUGGGGUACCAGCCCUGAACAUGGCUAGUCCCGGAAGCAUUAUGCAGAUUGAUGUUGCGCCCACUCUGGCUGCCCUCAUGGGAAUCCCCAUACCUAAAAAUAGCCUGGGGGAGAUUGUUGCCUCAACUCUGGUUGGUUACAGCCUUGAGGACAAGGUGCGGCUAAUGCAGGUCAAUGGCCACCAGGUGUCACUGUUACUGGAGCAGAACGUAGCAGACGUGGAGAAAGAAAAUGGAUAUCGUCGUUAUGAGCAAGUGAUGAACAGACAUUCUGAUUGGCUGAAGACGAAAAGCACAAACAUGUCAAGAGAAUCUUGGGAGAUGAUUGGUAAUCGUCUGGUGAAGGAUUAUGGGAAGGCUGUGCAGGAGAUGAGGUCAAGGGUCAGUGAAACAUCCACCAACUAUGACCUGCACGGGAUGGGGGUUGGCAUUGUACUGAUCUGUCUGAUAGUAUUGUUCCUGCUCUUGUUGUCUGUGUCGGACAUGUCAACAUUCAGACUUUCAACCAAUAGAAUCGCUGUUUGUCUUAUCUGCUGCAUCCCCGUUGUGCUGGGUCACAUGACCAUGUGUACGAGUCAGCUCCGCAGCGACUUCCUGUGUACGACCCACAUCCUCAUCCUUCCAAUUCAGCUGAUGGUGAUGAUAGGUGUUGUCAUGGCGACACUGUUCCUGGUGAUGUCCUUUGUCAAAUACAGAGACAGAAUUAUGUGCGUAAGGAUGUCGUGUGUCGAGUGGGUGUUUAUUGGAGGGUCGCUGCUGCACACUCUCAGUCUGUUGUCCAGCAGUUUUGUGGAGGAAGAACAUCAGACAUGGUACUUCUAUAUCAUCACCCUGCAUGCUGUCAUCAUCUGCAAUCUCAUUGGUGCUGUCUGCUCUCAAGCAGCCAGUCAAAAAGCAGGGAGCGCUGGUGAUUUUGAUAGACAUGAACAGACGACAGAUAAUCAGAACAGCCAUAAGACUCACAGAGACACAUCUUACCAUGAGAUAAUCAAACAGAGUGAGAAGAUAGACAGUGGUUCACCAAGCAUUACGGUGUGGACGUCUGUCACGUCAGUGGCAGCCAUGUUUGUUGUGCUGAUGCUAUGCAGGGUGUUGAGGAGGUGGAAUCAGACAGGAGACAAAUGGCUGACUGUUCCUGACAUCGGUGAUUGGCUUGUCAGACCAGAGAACAAGUCGGCUUUAUCAGCUGUAGUGGCCAUCUCCAUGUUGUGCCUUGUCACCACCAGAUGGCGAUCAUCAUCUCUCAUCCAAUCAUCUUGCAGUAUUUUGGCUGCGAUAUCGACCUACUGCUCUAAAGCUGCCACGGGUGUCAUUGUGUUCCCGGGUGUGUACUCAGGGAUGACCAAAGGCGUCACAGAAGCCCAGCUGACCUACUUCAUCCUCCUCCUGUCCCUCAUCAUGUUGCUAUGGCAAUGGAGGAGCCAGCUGGGGGAGCCAGGGUACCAGACAACCGACCUGUGGUCAAGCCUGCAGACAAUAUGGCUGCUGGUUAUGAUGCUGUUGCUACGGCCACACAAUUCAGCACUGGUUGCCAUGGUGGCUGCAAUAGAGAGCCUGGUGUCCGGUCACAUGAUCUCCGUCACCAAACUGCGUCCUGCCUUCCUGACACUGUACUGUCUGUGGAUGGGGCAGGCGACGUUCUUCUUCCAGGGCAACUCCAACAGCCUGACCACAGUGGACGUGGCGGCCGGCUACGUGGGUCUCCAUGACUACCACCCUCUCCUCAUUGGUCUGUUGAUGUGUCUCUCCACCUACGCUGGACCGAUCUUCUGGAUGGUCUCACUCCUCAAAUACAUCAGCACGAUGGACGUCAACUUAGAUGACGUUUCCAGGACUAACAAACUGAGAGUUGGCCACCAGGAGGCGGCAGUGACGGUGAUGAUGUCCCGAGCUCUUCCCCUGUCCGUGUAUUGUGUGCUGGUGACCGUGGAGAGGUACCACCUGUUUGUGUGGACGGUCUUCUCCCCCAAGUUGUUGUAUGAAGGUGUGACCACCGUGGUCUUGUCAACAUUCGCCGUUCUCCACGCAGUCUUAGCGCUCAGUCACAGCAGUAGAGCCAAAAGCAGAAAAAUACACGAGUGAUAAUCAUCAGGAACUUGGUGAAGAAAACCAACACAGAUAUGACAUGUUGUUUUCCAGGAACUGUUUUUUAGCAGGUCAUAUUUGAAAUUUAUUCUGGACUUUAAUGAUCUGACAUGUUUUAUUGAUAUGUUUGUGUAUUUUUUGUUGAUCAUAUCGUAUUUAUUGUAUAGGUUACAUGGAUUUACCUUUGUAAUAAAAUACUAUCUUAA